AUGGCUACGCUGAGACGCAAGAAACCUCCUAAACAAGAUGCAAUAGAACAUGCAGCUAAGGCCCUCGACAAAAUAUAUGAGUUGGAAGUGAAAUACAUCAACUCAUUUAAAGGUCGUGGAGUGUUUGCCAAGGCUAAUUUUUGCAAAGGAGAUUUUGUGGUGGAGUACAGGGGGGAAUUAAUAAAUUUCCAAGAAUCCCAGAGGAGGAGGGGGUCAUAUCAUGCUCGGUGUGCUGUUUUCAUGUUUGACUUCUACUGGCGGGACAGACUAUGGUGUAUUGAUGCAGCUCUAGAAGAUGGUAGUCUAGGAAGACUAGUCAAUGAUGACCACAACCAUCCAAACUGCAAGAUGCAGAAGGUCAUCUCUGAAGGCAAGCCACACCUGUUUCUUUUUGCUCUGAGGGACAUCAAACCUGGAGAAGAAAUAACAUAUGACUAUGGAGGAAAUGACUGGCCUUGGAGGAAAAAGGCUGGAGGACAAUCAACCAUGACUGAGGUUACUGAAGCUGAUAUCUCCACAGCCAGAAAUCAGCAUCCUCAGAAGUCUUCUGUGUCCCCAGAUGAGGCUGGAGGACAAUCAACCGUCACUGAGGUUACUGAAGCUGAUAUCUCCACAGCAAUAAAGCAGCAUCCUCAGAAGUCUUCUGUGUCCCCAGAUGAGACUUCAUUUGCAAAUUCUGACGAUUCCAACAUCUCCAAACAAGACCAAGAUUCGAUUCCAAAACUGAGGAGGACCAAAAGCAUACAGAUAUACAACCGGAUAGAUUUUGAUUCAGAUGAGCUUUUUGACCCAAGCUCAGAUGACAGUGAAGAAGAAUAUGUUCCUCACACUUGUGAUGAUGACUCAGACGAUGAGCAGCAACAACAAAUUCUCAGCGAGCUGUCCACAGACACGUCCUCCCAGACAUGGGGACAAUUGACAAAGAUCACUCUGACUCAAGUCAUUUUGUUUAAUCGACGAAGAGCAGGGGAGGUGUCAAAAAUGCCCCUUUCUGCAUAUCUGUCAAAAAAUCCAUCUGACCCUCUGGAAGAUGUGAAUCUAGUCCUCUCUGAACUUGAAAAGAAACUGUGUCAACACUUCAGGAGGGUAGAGAUAAGGGGGAAAAGGGGAAGAAAAGUUCCUGUGCUUUUGACCCCAUCGAUGCAGCAAGCACUGGAUAUGCUUGUGAGCAAACGACAAGAAUGUGGGGUUCCUCUGGAGAACAUAUACCUAUUUGCAAGACCAUCUGCUCUUACCUGCUACCGUGGGUCUGAUUGCCUUCGACACUUUGCCAAGGCCUGUGGUGCAAAAACUCCUGAAAGUCUCACCUCUACAAAACUGCGCAAACAAACAGGAACUCUGUCUCAAGUACUCAACCUCAGUAAUACAGAGUUGGAUCAGUUAGCUGAUUUUCUCGGCCAUGAUAUAAGAGUGCAUCGCCAGUUCUACAGACUUCCUGAGGGCACCCUCCAACUUGCCAAAAUUAGCAAAGUACUCCUGUCGCUUGAAAAGGGACGUCUGGCAGAAUUUAAGGGAAAGACUCUGGAUGACAUCAACAUUGAUCCUGAGGAGAACGUGCAUUUGGACAGUGACACAGAGGAUGUUUUCGAGUCAGGCUCAGAAGAGAGACAGUCCACAUCCAGCCAUAGAGAGAACAAGACCACAGAGCCCCAUGGAAGCCAUAAUGAAGAAGCACCACAGGAAGACGGCAUGACACUUCCACCACCCUGUCACCGCAAGUCAUCAAAAAGUGAAAGAGAGAGACGAGCCACAUCCAGUCAGAUAGAAGAGAACAACUCCACAAGACCAGAUGCGAACCAUGAUAAAGCGGCACCAGAAAAAGCCAACAUGACCUGUUCACCACCCUGUCACCGCAAGUCAUCAAAAAAUGAAAGAGGACACUACAUGAUUUUUUUCAGGGCUGUACAACCACCAGAAAAGGUGGAUCCCACAAUGGAUGGUCUGGUCCGGUGA